GUUUGUCACCGGCAGUGGUGAGGGUACGGCGAGGGGGGAGGGAGCUCCGUUCCCAGUACCGUCACUUUUCACCACCGCCUUAACGGAGCCCUUCCCCCGUCUUCUCCAUCCUUGCCGCAAUGACCACCACAACCAUCUUCUCGGGCAUGGACCCCAGCGGCAGGAACAGCUCCAGAGUGCUGCGUCCUCCUGGCGGUGGUUCCAACUUUUCCUUGGGUUUUGAUGAACCAAAAGAACAGCCCACACGAAAGAACAAAAUGGCAUCCAGCAUCUUUGGAACUCCUGAAGAAAAUCCACCUUCCUGGGCUAAAUCGUCGGGGACAAAGCCAGGUGAAAUCAGAGAAGACAUUGAACCAUCUGGAGCACAGAGAAACUCAACUGAUGCUAACUGUGGAGACGUAGAUCCAAAGGGAGGAGAUGGCGGUGGUGAAACAUUCGGAAACACUGAGGCUGAUGUAGAGGCUGCUCCAGGUCAGAAUGAAGAAAAAUCCCUGCCUGCUGCACCUGUUCCUAGCCCAGUAGCACCCGCACCUGCACCAUCCAGGAGAAAUCCACCCGGUGGCAAGUCCAGCCUAGUCCUCGGUUAAACCUUUCCUUUCCUGACUUGAACUUGUGUCUGUUUUUGCCCACCCUUCCCCCCCCAUGCUUUUGAACUGCA